CGAGCUAAACAUCUUCAUCAACUGAUCUCAAGACGAUUGCUGUAGCCAAAUAUCUUCUCUCAAACAUUCAGAUUGGGCGCGCAACCAUGCUCGAGACGAGAUCACCCUAUCAAGAGGGCAGCCUCUGGUACUAUGCCCCCACUCAAGGGGCACCCAUUUCCUUUGCCAUCUUAUUUGCCGUCUCCGGCAUGUUACACACGUACCAGUGCUUCAUGUAUAAGUCCUGGAAAGUGACAGGACUCCUUCCCUGGUCGGCUCUUCUCUUCACAGCAGGAUUUGUGCUGCGUAUCAUCGGCGCCUUCGGGCAGUGGGACAACGUGGGGGUUUAUAUUGCGAGCACUGUCCUGCUGUUAGCUGGACCACCCGUCUACGAGGGAGCCAACUACUUCAUCCUGGGCCGCAUUCUCUACUACAUCCCGUACCACUCGCCGAUUCAUCCUGGCCGGGUCUUCACCACCUUCAUUGCUGUGGGAGCGGUGAUCGAGGCCAUCACCGGUAACGGGGCUGCGCUGGUCGCUAAUUCCGGGGCGACCGAAAGUAAAAGAGAAACGGGCGAAGCACUGCUCAAAGCAGCACUGAUCCUGCAACUUGUGCUGAUGGUAGCAUUUGUGGCCCUUGCUUCCAGAUUCCAGUACAACUGCCACCGUGGUGGUGUCCUAAACACCAAGCUCAAACGUGCCUUGACUGUGCUGUACUGCAGCUGCGCUCUCAUUACCGUGCGGACGAUUUACCGGACCGUGGAAUACUUUAGCGCUGCAGGCCUCAACGUAUGGAGCGGGGACAAUAUCAAUCCUAUCCUCAAGGAUGAAUGGUUCUUCUGGGUGUUUGAGGCUGCUGUGAUGUACUGCAACACCAGCUUGUUGAAUAUCUUUCAUCCGAUGCGGUGGCUUCCACGCUCCAACAAGAUCUACCUGGCGACAGACGGGUUCACGGAGAUUGAAGGACCAGGUUACGAUGACCAUCGACCGGUCAUCCUGACCGUGUUUGAUCCUUUUGACAUCGCUGGUCUCAUUAAGAACCGGGGCCGGAAGGAGAAGUACUGGGAAGUUGGGACAGCCCACAACCCAAAGAAGGAGGCACCUGGAACGUCUCCUGUGUAACGUGAGCAAUGAAUUAUCUGGGUUCAGCGGAUUAGUUCGGCUUUCUCCUGUUCAAACUAUGUAUAUAGAUGGUGG